AUGUCAUCACGUAUCCCCGACCGUACGGGCUCGAAGCGCAGUCGCUCUCGGUCGCCAUCCUCACGCCACCCCCAGAAGGCCCCGCGCCGAUACGACGAAACAGACAGAUAUCGUGAUGGUGGAAGCCGGAGGGACGGAAAUGACUGGGGGUCGAACUCCCGGCCCAGAAAUAUGAAGGACCAGGUCCGCCUCAAUCAGCUCCAGGAGGAUGAGCAGGUGCGCGAGUGGGUGGCGCAGGAGGACAUUUUUGUCCUCAAGCAGGCCAAGAAGAAGGCCGAAAUCCGCGUCAAGGAGGGCCGGGCAAAGCCUAUCGACUGGCUCACUGUCACAUUACGGGUCAUCGACCCGACCAGGGACCCCCUCGAUGAUGAGAUCGCGGACUCGGAUCUCGACCUGGUCGACCCUGACGGCGUGUUCGAGGGACUAUCGCAGACCGAGCUGCAGGAUCUAGAGAAGGACAUUGAUACGUUCCUGGGACUGGAGAGCAAUUCGCAGAAUCGCGAUUUUUGGAAGACGAUGAAAGUGAUUUGUCGUGAUCGCCAGAAGACAACCGCUCCCGAAGGACGUGCGCUCAGCUCCGUGGCUGCCGAUAUCAACAGGCUCUUAAGCCCUAAAUCCUACGAACAACUUCAGGCCCUGGAGGUCCAGGUCAGGAGGAAGCUGGACUCCAAUGAGCCCAUCGACACCGACUAUUGGGAGGAGCUUUUGCGCAGCCUUACAGUGUGGAAGGCUCGUGCAAAGCUGAAGAAGGUGUUCCAGGCUGUUAUCGACGAGAGGGUCCGGGGAUUGCGCAAACAGCAGUGCGAGGAAGCUGCAUCUGUCCGCGCGAAGCUGGCUCCAUUGGCGCCGAUCGUCCUGGAGGGGGCACAGUCAGAGUCAGCUGGUGAGGGUGAAUUCCGUGGCCUUGACCCUGAUCCAUUGCUUCAAAUCCGCGCGGAAGACAAGGUUCUGGAGAUCGUGGACGAGGCCGCAUUCCUAAAUCAAGUGGCUCGCGACCGACAGAAGGUCCUGAAGAUGGGGUUUGUUCCUCUUCGCCAGCGACAUGCCGAGAGGCUAUCGGCAACGCCCGUGAACCAGAUCACCAAUAUCCCAGUAGCCACCGCAUUGACUCGCUUCUCCUCCAUUCCGAAUGAGGACUUCUCACAGGCAACCAAGGCUCUCUACGAGCGAGAAUUGGCCAAGGGAGUCAGCGAGAACGAGGAGAUCUUCACCGGCGAGGAAGCCGUGAGCACUGGCGCCGAGCCCCAGUGGGCGAACAAAUACCGGCCCCGCAAGCCACGGUACUUUAACCGUGUCCAGAUGGGCUACGAGUGGAACAAGUACAACCAGACCCAUUAUGACCACGAUAACCCGCCACCCAAGGUGGUGCAGGGCUACAAGUUCAACAUCUUCUACCCCGACCUGAUCGACAAGGCAAAGGCGCCCACCUACCGGAUCGAACGAGAGGGAGGGCGCAAGCGCGGCCAGUCCUUCGCGGCCGCCGGGGAGGAAGAUACGUGUUUGAUCCGGUUCAUGGCCGGGCCGCCGUACGAAGACAUCGCGUUCCGGAUCGUCGACAAGGAGUGGGACUACAGUGCGAAGCGCGAACGAGGGUUCAAGAGUACCUUUGAUAAGGGAAUCCUGCAACUCCACUUCCAGUUCAAGCGGAUUUAUUACCGGAAGUAA